AGAAGAGAAAUAGCAAGAAAUAAAUAGAAAUGGAGAAAGCUGUCGAGAGGCAGAGAAUUCUGCUCCAGCAUCUUCAACCCUCUUCUUCUUCUUUCUCUUCUCCACUUUCCAAUAUCUCAGGCUCCGUUUGUUCGGCUGCAUAUCAGAGAACUGCUACUUUUGGAGAUGACGUUGUAAUCGUGGCAGCAUACCGAACUGCGAUUUGCAAGGCGAAACGUGGCGGUUUCAAGGACACUCAGGCAGAUGACUUGCUUGCGCCGGUCCUUAAGGCAUUGCUCGAUAAAACUAAUCUCAACCCAAAUGAAGUCGGGGAUAUUGUCGUUGGUACACUGUUGGCACCAGGUUCUCAAAGAGCAAAGGAAUGCAGGAUGGCGUCAUUUUAUGCUGGUUUUCCUGAAACCGUGCCGAUCAGAACUGUGAACCGGCAAUGUUCGUCAGGUCUCCAAGCAGUUGCUGAUGUUGCUGCCGCCAUAAAAGCUGGAUUUUAUGACAUAGGCAUUGGGGCUGGCUUGGAGUCUAUGAGCACAAAUUCUAUGAGCACAAAUUCAAUUGGUUGGGACAUUCAAAUAAAUUCAAAAUUAGAGAGAUUUCCACAAGCUCAAGACUGUCUUCUUCCUAUGGGCAUUACUUCUGAGAAUGUUGCACAACGUUUUGGCAUCACACGGGAGGAGCAAGAUCAGGCUGCUGUUGCAUCCCAUAAGAAGGCGGCUGCAGCAACUGCUUCCGGUAAAUUCAGAGAUGAAAUUAUCCCUGUGGCCACAAAGAUUGUAGAUGCAAAAACUGGAGGGGAGAAAUGGGUUACAAUUUCUGUUGAUGAUGGAAUUCGGCCAAACACAUCAUUGUCUGAUUUAGCAAAGCUAAAACCUGCAUUUAAGGAGGGGGGAACCACCACUGCUGGGAAUUCCAGCCAAGUGAGUGAUGGUGCCGGAGCAGUGCUCCUUAUGAAAAGAUCUUUGGCAAUGCAGAAAGGGCUUCCCAUUCUCGGUGUAUUCAGGAGUUUUGCUGCUAUUGGAGUUGAUCCAGCCGUUAAUGGCAUUGGCCCAGUUGUUGCAAUUCCUGCUGCAGUGCAGUUGGCUGGUCUUGAAAUUAAGGAUAUUGAUCUCUUUGAAAUAAAUGAGGCAUUUUCCUCCCAAUUUGUUUACUGCUGUAAGAAGCUGGAGCUUGAUCCAGAAAAAGUAAAUGUGAACGGUGGUGCCAUGGCUCUUGGGCAUCCUUUGGGUGCAACAGGCGCCCGCUGUGUGGGAACUCUGUUGCAUGAGAUGAAGCGCCGAGGCAAGGACUGCCGGUUUGGAGUGAUAUCGAUGUGCAUUGGCACAGGAAUGGGGGCUGCAGCCGUUUUUGAAGCAGGAGAUAGUGCCGAUGAACUGACCAAUGCCUGCAGGAUCCAAUCCAACAAUCUGCUAUCCAAUGAUGCUCGAUAACCUCUUCCAUCCAUCCAUCCGUCUAUCACAAGGUAUAUGUGCUUAUUGUUUGGCAUCCUAACGAAUUCGAGUACCAUUACAAGGUAAAGUAAAUUAGGAGAAGAUACAGGUCCGCAUAAAUGGGACAUGUGGGUCCCAUCUGUAUGUUGACAUGACCUUCUGUUGUCUGUUUUUGCUCUAGAAGUCAUGUUUUGUUAGUCCCUUUUCAACUUCCUCUAUUGAGCGAUAUUUGUUUUGGAAGGAGAACAAAGGGUGGAAAACAACCCUUAUAGUCAAAAGUGAAGUGGAGAUUUUCUUGUAUUCUGGAUUCUUUUCUUCUUCUUUUAUAUAGUGCACAUACAAUGUACGGCUA